AUGGCAGGCUUCAUCCAAAACUAUGUCAUGGGCAUGGUGCAGAACGCCGCGACGGGCGCCGCGACCUACGCCAUCACGACGGGCGGCCGGUACGUCGGCGACGCCGUCAUCGGCGCGGGCGACCUGAUCGAAGGCGCCGGACGCAACGUCGGCAACGGCGUCGAAGGCUACAUCGACCGCUACGGCAACUGGAUCCGGUCCUACGGCGACGGCGCCAUCGCCGCCACCGCCGCCUCCUCUUCCGGCAGCAACACGGCCGUCAAGAAACCCAAAGCCGGCGCCGGCACCGCAAACAAGAAGAAUCAGCAGCAAAAGGCGCUGCCGAGCAGCAAGACGCCCAAGGCGCUCCCGGCACCACCGGGACUCAAACGCUCCCAGUCCGACUCCAAGACGCCGCUGUCGUACGACCCUUCGAAGGCGCUGCCCGCUUCGGGCGUGCGGAAGGCGCUGCCGCCGGCGACGGGAGGGAAGGGAGGUGGGACGCAGGGGCUGAGCAAAGGGCAGUUGGCGAAGCUGAGGGGGAUCAGGGCGGAGGAUUUGAAGAAGGGGGCGGAGGGUGGGGUGAAUAAGGGCGUGGGGGGUGCGGUGGGGGGUGCGGGUGCGGCGGCUAAAGGUGCUGCUGGUGGGGUGAAUAAGGGCGUGGGUGCUGUGGGCGGGGGGCUGAACAGGGUGGGUCAGGGUGUAGGUGUGGGUGGUGGCAAGAAGAACGGCAACGAUGCGUCCAAGGAUAAGAAGGAUGGCGGCGGGGCGAAGCCGUCGUAUUCGGCGAGCGUGGCGGGGGAUUCGACGGCCGCUGCGAAGAAGCCGUCGAAUGGCGGCGGCGGCGGCGGCGGCGGUGGGCAGAAGCAGUAUCCGAAGCCGUUCUCGCCGACGAGACCGGAUGGGAAGGUUGUGGUUUCUCGUCAGUCCAAGCCCGGUGGUGCGGCGAAGGCUGGCGGCGGAGCGGGGGCGGGGAAGAAGGAUGAUGGAAAGAAGGACGACGGGAAGAAGGAUGACAAGGGCGGGUUUGACUUUAUGAGGAUGUAUGCGGAAGACGCGAAGAAGAAGAAGGGCCCUGGGAGCGUUGCGGGGAGCGUGAAGACGAACGCAUCGGCGGCGAAGAAGAAGACGGGCGCAGCUGGCGGAGACAAGGGAAAGCAAGAGACGCGCGGGAAGUAUGACUUCUUCUAA